AUGAUUGAUAUAUUACCAACGUCGCGUGUUUCACGUGCAUUUGGUUCUGAACUUGCUUAUUCAGAUGCAUUAUCAAAUGUUCAUAAAUUUAAUUCACGUCUUUUACGUGAAAGACGUAUGCGCUUACGUUUACCAUUUGUUGAUUCACAAACUCAUAUUAUACAAACACCAACACAAAAUCAUCUAUGGAAACAACCAACACAACGUCUUAUGCCAAUUCGUCAUGAUCAGGUAUCAACUUAUGCACGUAAAACAUGGCAUAAAAAACGAUCAAAUCCACCAUCAACAAUAACUCAAUCACAAACAACAAAUACAUAUAGUAUUAAUGAACAACAAACAGAUUCAUCAGUAAUAAAAACAAACAGUACAAAUGAAUCUAUACAAUUAUCAAUGGAAGAUGAUCCUCGUAUGCUUUUACGAGCUGGUGAUCUUGGAAUGUCAAAUACUGAUAUUCAAACUAUUUCUAUGAUUGAAAAUCCUGCUAUGAUAGCUGGCCGAUUUACAGGUGGUUCAAGUGAUGAUUCAUCUCAAUCAUCAGCACCACCAAUGACGGGUCUUGUUCAACCUCAACAACCUCAUUGGCCACAACAUAAUACAACAUCUCAUAAUAAUCAUCUUCAAAAUUAUAUUCUUGAUGAUGAUGAUUUGGAUGAUUUAGAUUUUGAUGAUUAUACUGGUAGUGGACCUGGUACACCUGGUGGUCCAGCAUCACCUGCAUCUUCGAUAUCACGUUCAAAACGUGGUAGUUCUACAAAACGUUCACCACAAAUUGGUUCAAGAAAAAAUAAUGCUGGUGGAAACUCUACUAAUAGUAGUAAUGGAGUAAAUAGUAAUAUACCAAUUCAUACUGGUCAUCGUCGUCAUCAGUAUACACUUGCUGAAUUGCCAUUUAUAUGUGAAUUUUGUUCAGCACGAUAUAAGACAAAACCUGGCUUACAAUAUCACCUAGCUAAACAUAAAGAUGUAAAUACAGAUAAUCGACCAUCAUCUUCAACAAUGUCAACUACUGAUAAUAAUGGAUCAUGCUCACCAACAUCAGCAAAUAUGAAACAAAAAUAUAUAAAUGUACCUAUGGAUCAACAACAUCCGAUGUAUCCUAAUCAAUCGAUAACGACUGGUCCCAUUCUUCAUAAUAAUACUAGUGGACAUUUACCUUCUACUAUUAAUGCUCCUGGUAUAUCAGUACCUUCUUAUCCAAUGAAUCCUCAUCAACAACAGCAACAACCACCCUAUGGUAUACCACCUCAAUCUCAUCAUCAUUCAAUGUCUCCAUCCGCUUCAAUGCCAUUGACUGUUGCUGCUUUGUCUGGUUCAGCACCUACUAGUAGUGUUUCUUAUUAUUCUCAGCAACAGCAACAACAUCAAAUAGCACAUCAACAACAUAUGAUGAUGAUGCAACAACAACAACAACAGCAACAGCAGUUUCAACAACCACUAAAGCAACCUAGUCUAUCAGCUGAUCCUGCAAUGACAAUCACAACUGGUAUGCAAUGUGAUUUUUGUGGUGGUGAUGAACAAGAAAAUAAAACAACCAAAUUACCAGAACAAAUGAUUACCUGUAAAGAUUGUGGUGGUUCUGCACAUCCAACUUGUCUAAAAUUUACUCCAAAUAUGGUUCAUCAAGUGAAAACAUAUGCAUGGCAAUGUAUGGAAUGUAAGACGUGUACUGAAUGUGGUAAUUCAGAAAAUGAUUCAGAACUUUUAUUUUGUGAUGAUUGUGAUCGUGGUUAUCACAUGUACUGUUGUUCACCCCCAUUAUCAAAAGCACCCGAUGGUGAUUGGCGAUGCAAAUUAUGUUGUGCUCAAUUCGGCGAACUUUGUUUUUGA